CAGCUCUGUCCCUGUGACGCUUGAGGGAGCAGGACCCGGUCCACAGGACCAGGGUGCAGCAGUCAGAAGUCAGAAAAGGCGCGCUCCCACGUACGCGUUUAUACCGCCUGGAUUCCGGGCUUCGUAGCAGGGGCUCUCGUUGCGCUUCUGCUUCAGCUCUGGCAGCGCGAAACGACCAAAGCCUGCGGUGAUCGGGCAGGAGCAGCGAACAUGCUCGUCGAGUUUGAAGACGGCGCUCUUCCCCCGUUGAGCGAGGAGCAGAAGGAUGCCUUGGCCUCGACGGCGCAAGCGUUGGCGACGCGUGGGAAGGGUAUCCUGGCUGCAGACGAGUCUACUCCCACGAUCGGCAAACGCUUGGAAGCCGCGGGCUUAACCAACGAUGCCGAGACUCGCCGCCGCUACCGCGAGGUCUUGCUCGCCCACCCGCAGAUCGGGGAGUGGCUGGCUGGAGCCAUCCUGUUCGAGGAGACCCUUGGCCAGGCUAACUUGGACGGCGUCGCCUUCCCGCAGGUGCUCAAGGACAAAGGGGUGCUGACAGGUGUCAAGACGGACAAGGGCCUAGCCCCGAUCCCCGGGAGCCCUAGGGAGACCACCACGCGCGGCAUGGACACGCUGCUGGCGAGAUCCAAGGGCUACUACCAACAGGGCGCGCGGUUCGCCAAGUGGCGAGCCACGAUCCGAAUCGACGCCGAAGCGGGGCUACCCACGCGCGGUGCCAUCCUCGCAAACGCAGUCGGCCUGGCUCGGUACGCCGCCCUUUCUCAGGCCGCUGGCCUGACCCCCAUCGUCGAGCCGGAGAUUUUGAUAGAGGGGACCCAUAGCCCAGAGCUAUUCGCGGAGGUCAGCGAACGGGUGCUGGGUGCCGUGUACGGGGCUUUGUCGGAGGCGGGCGUUUUCCUCGAAGGGACGCUUCUUAAGCCUCAGAUGAUCAUGGCCGGGGUCGAUGCUCCUGAGAAGAAGGCGAGCUCUGCCCUCACAGCCGAGCUCACGCUGCGCACUCUGAGGAGGCGUGUUCCCCCGGCCGUGCCAGGGGUAUUCUUCCUCUCCGGCGGUCAGUCGGAGGAGGACGCGACCGUAAACCUCGACCUCAUCAACCGCACGGCGGCGGCGGAGGACGCGGGGAAGAGAUAUCCGUGGACGAUGAGCUUCAGCUUCGGCCGCAGCCUUCAAGCCAGCGUCCUCAAGGUGUGGGAGGGUAAAGCUGAAAAUUUCGAUGCUGCUGUAGAGAUGGCGGGCGGCUUGGCCAAGGCUAACGCCGCGGCACAGCUUGGUCAAUACGAGGGCCCGCACCCCUCGAUAAGCGGAGACUCGUCAUUGCACGACCCAAACCGCGGGUGGCGGCCAGCUUAAUCCGGGUGACACAGAAUGGCGAGUGACGCGCGAUCGUGAGCGUUUUUUCCGGCACGAUCCGCCGCAUGGGAUGUUCCUUGACUGGUCUUACACCGUUGACUUUCACGAAUGUGGUUGGCAUCCGUCGGUGGCAUCCAAUGUUUGACGAACGUAAAGCAUAAUGAAGUCCGGCAGUGCCAUGACUCACUCCCGUGUUUCACUGCCGUACAACAGGCAAGUGAAUGGUAUGCCUGGCAUAUUAUGUGGUAAUAAGUACCAGCAAACGUUCGGACAUAUGUUGCUGGACCCACAGCGACAGUCUCCGGCUUGGGUUUAGGCUCUACCCUACUGUUAUGACUGAACGGGUGACAAGUGGGCCUCUGCUCGUUGUGCGAAUUGCCCUUUACGAUCAAGACCGAAUUUGUAGCGUGUUGAGCACGUUGCUCAGCGAGUACCGACAAGGGCGUGGUUGAGUCAGUACGUCGUGCAGUACCGUGUGUAACGCAGGAACAAGACGCACCGCACAUGGAUUCUGCGCUGCUGUGUAACCUCGCACGCGGUCUCGAUCGUACUGUGCACCAACCCAUGCAGCCGAACCUCUGUGAACGGUGCACAUGGUUUUCGAUGUCCUUGAUAGAGGAGAUCGUCCUUAACUGUCAGUGGAUGAUAUCUUGCCUCCUAGCUGGAACGGAGGUGUUGUAUGCCUCGAAUGACGCACCGAAGGCAGGGACGUUACGAAUUGAAGGUUCUGCACACCCAGAUAAGCCGGCGAGCGUACACCGGUCGCCCCGGUGGUCA